AUUAGCUGCUUUCAGUCAGUAUUUCAGGCUGCAUAAUUCUUGGGAGUAUAAGGAGAAAAGGGAAAUUCUUUGUCCAGAGAUAAAGCUGUGUCAAGUAUUCAUACUGUACUCUUUGAUUUUCACAUUUUCUUGAUUUACUUGCUUAUAGUGCUUCAUAUAAUGGAUUCUGGCAUGGACCUGCAUUCAGUAUUUCACCAGAAACCCAUUACUGCUUACAAGGAAUAGAGUAGAGUAUAUGAAUAGAGCCAGAUAAGGGUUAUAAUUGAUAGAACGUUAUCCAUUUCCAAAUAAUGGGACUUGUUUCAUCAGUUAUAGUCUAAAUAAAAUGUGACUAUAUAGGUUAGUGAAUCUCUGCUUAUUCAGAUUCUCAGAGACAACUGUGUUUUAAAGUAUACAGGUGGCCCAUUACACCACAUCACUGCUUUGUUCCCCUUCUGUACUGCCCUCAGUUGUGCCUCCAAAUUUUGGAGUGUGCUGGAUCUCCCAGCUUAGUAUUUUAUAGUAGUUAUGAGUAAGCUGUUAGAUCUGGCAGUUUUCAGACCUUGAUUUUUGAAACAUCCCUAAAGUUUGACUGCUAACUCAUUUGUAAGAAACCUAUUCUUAUGACCAGGGGAAAAAGAUAAGAGGUUCCUUUUUCUCCUCUAGUGGUGUACUCUGAUGAAGUGUAAUUAUGCUCAAAGACCAAAUUUUUAAAGUAGUUAAAAAGAACUAAGAGCUCAGCUCCUCUCAAUAGCUCAAUAGGAUAUAAGUGGUUAAUUAAUUUAGGCUCUCACCCCAGAUCUGUUCAUUAUAGUUAUGAUUUUAAUUUAGGUAGGAUGGUCUAGAUUUAUAAAAGUAUUUGGAUAUGGGCACUGGCUUCAGAGUAUACCCUGCGUUUCUAAAGUUUCAGCAUAGAUUCACAUUUUCUUAAGAUUUAGAGCUCAUUGAUACCAUGCCCACCUUUAAACAAAAUCAAAUUUGAGAUUAGCCCACAGAGAGGAACCAUCAAGUCUGGGGCAUUUUUUAGUGUAAGAAAGUAACUACAUGAGUGACCUGACCCCAUUUAUAUGUCAUUGUUUACUGGAUUUUAAUGGGAAGAUAUAAAGUUCUUGAUUGAGAGAAUAUGAACCCACUUGAUCUAGGACUGCUUGUGCAUACGAAGAACUACAUCUCUGAUGCCAAGAAUACUUUACAUCAAAUAGUAAGAACUUUUGUGAAUUCAUUCACUUUAAGGAUUCAGUGACAAUAUAGUGGGUAAUGGUUGCACUGCUUUAUUAAGAUUAUGUACCUGCACUCUUCAUUAUUCUUUUACUUGGUUCUUAUCCAGUAAGAAAAAAAAACAGUUUAAAAAAGUACCUUUUUUAAUAUGAGAGAAUAAAUUGAAAAUAAUGCCAUCUUCUUGUUUAAUAUUGCUAUCCUCUUGUGCAUUUGUGGAGAAAGAAAUAAUGCUAAGAACUUUGAUAGGCUUACUGAUGGAGUUCAGUGGACAAGCUCAGUUGCCAGAGGAGAAGAGUUUAGCUGACUUUGAGGUCUGUGUUCUCCAUUUGGCUAGAAAAUUUCUUAUGUCCUGUUUGAUUUGCCAUGAUGAAAGGAGAAAAACCAUUCUGAGUCAACCAGUUCUGCAAACUGUCCGUAGAUACACCACUACACCUAAUAUAUGAAGAAUGGUGGAUAAGAAACCACAAGCAUAGGGUGUUAUUUGAAAACAUAAAAAAAUACAGAAUUAAAGUUAGAUAAAUGAUCAUUUACUUUGAUUUAUACUUCAAGUGCACUAAUGUAGGACUAAUAUAUAAGACAAGUAAUUGCGUUUUGAGAAAUUCAUCUUCAAAAACACAGCGAUCUAGGUAAGGCUGUAGAGUACAAACUUGUUUCAUACCAAGCAUAUUUGAGAUGUAUGUGUGUUUUCCUUAUGGAAAUGUGUGUGAAUUGUUUGUGUUUGUAUUUGAAUAUUUGCCUUCUUUUAUCAGGACCCUUUUCCAGAAUUCUUCAGGCCAGAAGAAUGAUGUGUUUCACUUGGACAUUAAAAAUGUAGGUGGCAUAGGCCAGAUCCUGGAUUUCAUGUACACCUCCCACCUGGAUCUUAGUCAGGACAAUGUACAAGCUAUGCUGGACAUUGCACAGUGCCUCCAAGUGCAAAACGUGCUGAACAUUUGCCACACGUUUUUAAAGUCUUCCACAGCUGUGGAGCAGGCAGGCAGCAUGCCCUGUAAUAGUGUAUUUUCACUACAGAAUACUUUGGGUACGGAUACCAGCUGUGCCAGUGACAGCUAUGGGACAAACCUAUUGCCUGAGUGCUCAGCUGACACACAAACUAACAAAGUCUUGGCUGAGCACCACUCACAUGCAUCACAGUCUGUUAAUCUGCACACCCCAUCGGGUGAUGGACAGAAACCACCACAAGAUUCCUUAGAUGGCAACUGCACAGAGCUUCCAUUUAAACAACCAAAUUACUACUAUAAACUACGCAACUUUUACAGCAAACAGUUCUAUAAACAAAACGCUUGCUCUGAUCACGAGAGAGGAGCAGAACCAUCCUUUUCUUACAACACAUCCACGGAAAUAAACUCAGUGGAGAAUAAUUCUUGCACUGUCAAUCACUCUGAGUGUAUUCUGGAAACUUCUGAUCAUUUACCGUCAAACUUUCUGGUUCAGCCUGCAAGUGAAGCUGCUCCAGACCAAAAUGCAGAGAGCACAGUUGUGCAACCCACCAGACAGAUGCGGCUGAAAAAGGCAAUACACCUCAAAAAGUUAAAUUUUCUAAGAUCUCAGAAAUCAGCAGAGCAGCCACCCGAGCCCCAAAGAGAUGACAGUAGAAUAACAGAAGUAAUUGAACCUGUAAAUGAAAGUACCACAGACACGACAGAUGUUAGAGUUACUGAUGAUAAAGAAGCUGAAGAUUUAGUGAAUUCAGAGAGUUUUGAACAAACUGUUGAAGUGGAAAGAUCUCAAGGUCCUUUGGAACAAGAAGGACAAUCACAGACUCUUCAGUCACAGAAACAAUAUACUUGUGAGUUAUGUGGGAAGGCUUUCAAACAUCCAAGCAAUUUGGAGCUACAUAAAAGGUCUCACACAGGUGAGAAACCUUUUGAAUGUAACAUUUGUGGGAAACACUUCUCACAGGCAGGUAAUCUCCAGACACAUUUACGUCGACAUUCUGGUGAGAAGCCAUACAUUUGUGAAAUCUGUGGGAAAAGAUUUGCUGCUUCUGGCGAUGUUCAGCGUCAUAUAAUUAUUCAUUCUGGAGAAAAACCUCACCUGUGUGAUAUCUGUGGCAGAGGUUUCAGUAACUUCAGUAAUUUAAAGGAGCACAAAAAGACUCAUACAGCAGAUAAAGUAUUCACCUGUGAUGAAUGUGGGAAGUCAUUUAAUAUGCAACGAAAAUUGGUAAAGCACAGGAUAAGGCACACUGGAGAGAGACCGUACAGCUGUUCAGCUUGUGGGAAAUGCUUUGCCGGCUCUGGUGACCUGCGCAGGCACGUGCGGACGCACACGGGGGAGAAGCCCUACAGCUGCGACACGUGCAGCAAGAGCUUCACGCGCUCCGCCGUGCUGCGGCGCCACACCAAGAUGCACUGCAGGGCCUCUGGGGACAGGCCCAGCGCACUCGAGGACUUCACCCAAGCCGUUGAAACCUCUGACCUGGACAAGUCCCAGAGUUCGGACUCUUUUGGCCCAGAAAUGUCUGUUACGUUGUUGCCAGUGUCUGUUAAAUUUCCCAUUCAUCCAGCUGGAAACGCGGCGGAAUUCGAGGGUUCUGCGGAUUCUUACUGUAAGCUGCGAUCGAUGAUCCAGCACCACGACUCGGCCAGCCCAGAGAAGCUCAGCGUGGAUUCUGCUAAACUCCUGAAAGGCCAGGCACAGCAGGCCCCAGCCCCAGCCUACGCUUACCCAGACGUGGAUGUGUCCUCAGCAGAGGAGCCCCUGCAGUCCGAGGGCAUUCCCAUGAUCCGCUCCUCGGUGGCUGCUCUGGAUGGCCACUGCAGCGAGCCCCUGGGCAGCCGGGCCUCCUCUGCUCCAUACAAGAGCAACGAGGGGCCCUUCUUCUCCAGCAUGACCCUCUGGGGCCUGGCCAUGAAGACCUUGCAAAAUGAAAGUGAAUUGGAGCAAUGAGGGCUCAGCUGACUGUGCCAAAACUUCUUAGAGGCAUUCCAUGCUAACGUGGUUGCAAUCGCUCUGCAGCAUAGGGAGAUGACAGAGAGUUUCUAAGCCAGGUAGCUUGGACACUGACAGGAAUCCAAGUGCUGGAUCCCAGAAGCACGUGUAGCCUGCCUUUAUUUACACUCAGCAAAGUUUAAAUGCACUGUUGGGACCUUUGUUGUUCUGUGACUGCACUGUGUAGCUCCUGUGUUAUUGCCAUGAUUUACUAAAAUUUGCCAGCACCUAAAUUUACCAUGUGACUUGGAAUUUUUUUACCUGAUAAUGGAGAGAAGGAUGGCCAGUGUCUAGGUUCGUGAUAUGGGUACAGUUCCAAGUAUGGGUCAUCAGAGCUGUGUAAGGGUGUAGAUAUGACAGGAGGAAAAUGCUUAACCAAUCCCUAGAGAACCUGAGUUUCAGUAGUGGCUUUCUUACCAGUAGGGUCAUCAGUUUACAGGAUCUGAGUAUUGUGAUAUUAAAUUUAAAUGUUAAAUACUGGGCAAUAUUUGUGAUAGUGCAAAGUAACUGUAUAUCUAGAAACUUUAUUUUUUUACAACAAAAGCUUUUUUUAGUAUUUUAUAAACUAUUUUGCACAGCAGAUUAUUUGUACAAUGAAGGCCAAGAUCAAGUUGUGAAUAAAAGGAAAUUGUUUUACA